UGGGCCAUGCUGCUCCCCCUGCCCAGAAAGGAACAACCCCCAGACAGCUCGACCAAUGGGCCCCAAAUGGACACUUUCGUGAUGGCACCGUGGGCCUGGUCCCGCUUGCCAGUCUGGCUGCACUCUGCAGAAUACCCACAGUGGCUAGGGCGGGGCUGGCCCUGGGUCCCGCUACCCACACCCCAGCCUCGCAUGGCCCAUGCUGCCUGCUGGGCCAUGACCGGGCAGGGAUUAGGAGAUUUAACAUUCCAUAUUUAGCUGCAGGAUCAGGAAUUAUGGUGCCAGGGAGGACAGAGCCGCCACAGCCCCUGCAGUGCAUGUGUCCCUGGGGCUGCCAGGGGGCAAGCCGGCCGCACAGCAUCAUGGGGGCACCAGGAAGGCCCCGGGGAGUCGGCAGGGGCAGGGUGCAGCCCCUGGGUCUGAGCCACUGAAACCUGCCGGAGAUCAGAGGGCUGGUGCCAAGCGGUGACCGGGCGAUUCCCCAGGGCACUUGGUCGGGGGCACCAGGCUUGGGAAUAGGGUGAGUACCCGGGGCACAGGAUGGCGACCUUUGUGCGGCUGCUGGUGUCACAGGCAGAGCGGAUGUUCUCGCGUCUCUUCAAGGCGGAGCGUGGCGAGGGGCCCGGCUCCUUCCUGGAGGCGCCGCGGACGGAGAAGCUGCUGGAGCAGGGCGAGGGGGGCGGGCUGCGCUACGGGCUGGGCGCCAUGCAGGGCUGGCGGGCCCACAUGGAGGACGCGCACACGGCUCAACCCCAGCUGCCGGGCAGCCUGGCCACCUGGGCCUUCUUUGCCGUGUACGACGGGCACGCGGGCGGCACGGUGGCGAAGUUCUGCGCCCACCACCUGCUGGGGGAGCUGGUGGUGGGCGAGGCCUUCACGGGGGGCGUGGAGUCUCCAGAGGCGGUGAAGGAGGCGGUGCGGGAGGGCUUCCUGCACAUCGACAGCCGCAUGCAGGUGCUGGCGCGUGCCGAGGGCUGGGAGCACGCCGGCUCCACCGCCGUGGCCGUGCUGGUCUCGCCGCGCCACCUCUACUUCAUCAACCUGGGCGACUCGCGGGCCCUGCUGUGCCGGGCCGGCCGCCUCACCUUCUACACGGAGGACCACAAGCCCAGCCGGCCGCGGGAGCGGGAGCGCAUCGAGAACGCCGGCGGCACCGUCCUGCUGCAGCGCGUCAACGGCUCCCUGGCCGUCUCCCGCGCCCUGGGCGACUUUGACUACAAGGCCGUGGCCUGGCGGGGCCAGACGGAGCAGCUGGUGUCCCCCGAGCCCGAGGUGUACGAGCUGGCGCGCUGCCCGGGCGAGGACGAGUUCCUGGUGCUGGCCUGCGACGGCGUCUGGGACGCCUUCGACACCGAGGGGCUCUGCGCCUUCGUCCGCUCCCGCCUGCAGCUCGGCAGGGACCCGCAGGCCGUGUGCGAGGAGGUCCUGGAGGCCGGGCUCUACAAGGGAAGCCGCGACAACAUGACCUGCAUGGUGGUGUGCUUCCGGGGGGCCCCCGGCACCUCCCAGGCCGCCCUGCAGAAGGAGCGGGAGCUGGACGCCCACCUGGAGAGCCGGGUGGCAGAGCUGUAUGGGGAGCUGCAGGAGCAGGGGGCUGCCAGCCUCGUGGCCAUCUUCCGGUGCCUGGCGUCCGAGGUGAACCCCAGCCUGCCCCCCGGCGGGGGUCUGGCCAGCAAAAGAGCCGUGAUCAUGGAGGCCUACGAGCGCCUGCGUCGGAGCUAUGAGGCCCAGCUGUCAGGACGCUGUGAGAGUGGUGCCCCCUGCUGAGCAGACCUCUUGGGGCAGAGGAUGGGAAGAGGAUACUGGACCACCCCUUUCCCUGACAGCUCCACGUGCCCCCCCCCGGAUGGCUCUGCCAGGCCCCCUGACCUUCCCCAGCCCCGACGGCUCUGCCAGGCCCAGGGCUCCCUGCCUGGCUCUGCUCUGGCUCCAGAUGAAAGGCCGCAGCAGAAGGGGAUGGAUGCUGCCGGGGCCUGCGUGGGUCCCCCCAUCACCGCACGGGAGUGCGUGGCACAGGGAGGGGCGUUGGAGGUUAGGGGGCAGCCCGGGGCUCAAAGGCAGGAGCAGGGCUGAGAGCAAAGGACUCCUCCACCCCAGCAAAGACCGAUGCUCGUUGGCAGGCCCUUGGAUCCUGCCGCAGCCUCCCUCCAGGGCAGCUAGAGAUCUCUCCCCGUCUGGUGCCCCCAAAGGGGCUGCUCACAGGUGGAGCAACAGAAACGUCACCUGCUGGCUUCCGCCGUCCCGUCGCUGUUGCAGCGACCCCAGUGUCCCCCUGUCCCGAAUCCCCCCAGACCAGCUCCUGGCCAUGCCCAGCCCUCACCCGGACGCUCCCGGGAGUGAAUCCGGUCGCUGCACCUAGAGCUCAUCGCUGUAAUGGGGGCUUGACACAUGCUCUGAGCUCAAGCCCAGCCCAGCCCUGGUGUGCAGGAAAAGCCCAACAUAAAGUCCUGGCCUCCCGGGAUCCCCAGCCCGAGGAGCGAAGCGUGAACCGGUUUCUCCCCUGUACUCGGCUCCUCGAGACUCCAGCCCCCUUUGGCUGAGGGGCCCCAAAGUUCUGUGGUUUCAGGGACUCUGGUCCCUCGAAUCCCCCCUCCAUGAUGGACGGCUCCAGCGGCUUUGUGCCCCCCACCUGGCACCCCAGAGUGGAUUGUCUCUGUUUGGAGAGCCCAGGAGGGCUCCUCUUCCUGGCUGUGGCCUUCCCAUCCCACUGCUGAAUCAUAUGGAGACGGGGGCUUCCCUUGAUCCCACGCUGCUCAGUCUCACUGGGGACAGGUCGCCAGCCACGCCCAUCCCUCCUGCCUGGUCCUCCCUGGGCUCGGCCACAGCCAUCCAAGCAGUGUCGGUGAGUGUCCAUAGCUCCCCGUGCAGCGGGAAUACAGCCCUGGCACAGGGAUAUUCCUCACCAGCUGCCCCGGCUUUCGAAACCGACCGCACUCGCUGCGAUUGACAGCCCAGUAACGCCGCCCCCCAGCCAGGAUCGUCCCCAGCUCGACGGCCUGGUAACGCCGCCCCCCCCAGCCAGGAUUGCCCCCAGCUUGACGGCCCGAUAACACUGCCCCCAGGUUUAUAGCCCAGUAACACUGCACGCAGCCAGCUGCUGCAAUGGCUGGUCGCUGGAGAGUCAGUCCCUGGCUUUAUAGCCCAGUGACCCUUUGCAGUGGAUUCUUUGGAAAGGAAAAUGCAGACCAAGCUGUUCUCUCUGGCUGGGUCGAUGUCCGGCUGGCUCCUCCCCGGUUCGAGAGCUCUGGUUACCUGCUGUGUAAAUGGUCCUCCUGAGGGCCU